GGAGUUUCUCACGGUGAAAAGGAACAGAGUCCUUCCAGUACCCACACACUCUUCGGAGAUCGCAUUGUAAGAUAGGGCAAUUCGAAUGCACAGAACCGAAGGUAGCGAAAAGCGCGAGAGCACUUGCGAGAAGCGAGGGAAGAUCGUACCUUUGUCUUGACAGUCGUAUCGUGGUACUCGGGCUGUUCUUCUUUUGUUAGUCGAUCGCCGCUUCUACCAGAUCUCUGGUCGUCACCGCUGCGAUUUUCAGGGUUCAGGCGCGCCCUUGCCUAACAAGUGUCUGACGGCAGGAGCGGCAGAUGGAGAUGUCUUCGUCUCAGCGCGUGCCUGCUGUCUUGAAAUCACUGGGGGAGGAUUCUUUGCCGGGAGAAUUGUGAACUAUCCGCCUCUUCCUCAGUGUAUUCAAGAUUGGUAACCGCCCCUGUCAUCAAGACUGAGGAUCUCAAGUAUGGCAAGGCUUUUCGAACCGGCAGUCUCUUCUAUCUCAGCUUUUGGGAAGUCUUCUUCAGCAGCCCUUUCAUUCCCCACUGCGGAUUCACUCAAAGUGUCGACCUCUUUCUCUCCAUCCAAUGUCAAUACAUCAGUACUUGUGUGGUCAAGCUCGUCUGCCUGGGGAAAGAAGAACACGAAGAGGAGCAGGAAUGCGGACAUCAUUGUUCCUUCGUCCCUCUUGAUGGAGGAACGGGGCGCAGGCAGCGAUCAACAUGCUUUAACCAUUAUUAGGGAGAAUUUCAGGGGUGCCUUCGAACACAGUCUGUCCGAUACGGCCGGAAGAGCUGUGGAGGCACCGAUCGCCACCAGUCGAGUUCCUUUGCUCGACGAAGAAGAUGAAAUUUGGAUGGCGAUGCGCGCCGAGGCGCGAAUCGACUCAGAGCAAGAGCCCGCAUUAGCUAGCUAUUUGUAUUCCACUAUUCUUGCCCAUAGAUCAUUAGAACGCUCUCUUGCUUUUCACCUUGGAAACAAGCUCUGCAGCGUGACAUUCCUUAGCACGCAAUUGGUAAGUGUGAUUAUCGACACCAUCAUGGAGGACAAUACUAUCCGCAGUAGCAUCCGGGCAGACAUAGUAGCCGUCAAAGACAGAGACCCAGCGUGCAUCUCAUACUCACAGUGCCUGUUGAAUUUCAAGGGGUUUCUUGCAUUACAAGCUCAUAGAGUUGCUCAUCGGUUGUGGUCACAAGGGAGGCAGUCGUUAGCACUAGCGAUUCAGAGCCGAGUGUCGGAGGUAUUCCAUGUAGAUAUACACCCUGCGGCCAAAAUUGGCAGCGGAAUCCUCUUCGACCAUGCGACCGGAGUUGUGGUUGGUGAGACGGCCACCAUAGGUAACAAUGUAUCUAUUCUGCAUCACGUCACCCUCGGAGGGACGGGGUCAAUGGGCGGCGACCGACAUCCGAAGAUUGGUGAUGGAGUGUUGAUCGGGGCUGGUGCCACAAUAUUGGGUCCAAUUUGUGUAGGAGAAGGAGCGAAAAUUGGAGCUGGGUCGGUAGUCCUGAAUGAUGUUCCGCCUCACACUACUGCCGUGGGCAAUCCGGCACGGCUGGUAGGUGGUAAGCAAAGACCUGCCGAGCUGAAGGACAUUCCCAGUGAGACGAUGGACCACACGUCUUUCAUCAGCAUCUGGUCUGACUAUGUAAUAUGAUGAUUCCAUUUUCUCCCGGUUUUGCAAUAAAUUUUCAACAUUCUGUGU